CUUUGGGCACGGAGCCUCCUGAAUGGCUCUCCCUCCUCCCCCUCCCCGGGCCGUCCCGGCCCGUCCAGUCCCGCCCCUCCCUUCCCGGUGCGGCCCCGGCGGGCGGCGGUGGCGGCGCGUCCGCGGCACCGAGCGGCGGAGCUGAGCUAGGAAAUCUCCUGUUCCAGCCAUACCGUUCUCCAUCUGAUUUUUGUGGGAUUGCUGCUUUGCUUUGCAAACCAGAGCUCCCCAGAGAAGUGUGCCUGCCCCUGCCAGUGCCUCUGCCAGGGACCAUCCAGGCCAGAGGCCUUGGGUUGGUGUCCUGCAACAGCCACGUGGUGACAGCUUCCUUCUGUGCUCUGAUCGUGGCUGUGAAAAGGACAGGCCCCCUGUCCUCUGGAUUUGAACUGAAACAAAAAUCCCAGCCUUCAUGAUGGGAGAUAUCUGGCACAUUGGAUUGAUGGUGCUUCUGUACGUCUGGUUUCCCAUGGUUGCUGCUCAGAAUCUCAUAAAAAAACCCAGGGAUCAGAAAACAGAGCACACUCUCUUAAUUAAUGAAAUCAAUGCUGACAGCCCAGGAGAAGACACUUCUGAGUUUGUGGAGCUCUAUCACACCAGUGGUCAAACAGCCCACUUGGAUGGUUACUAUCUGGUCUUCUACAACGGCAAUGGAAACCGAGCCUACAAAGUUUUAAACCUCCAAGGCAAAGUUACUAACAGCCAAGGGCUCUUUCUCGUGGGCUCCUCUUCCGUGAACCCUGCUAUAAUUAUUCCUAAGAACACUAUCCAGAAUGGCCCUGAUGCAAUUGCUCUCUACUAUGGAAAAGGGAGCUACAAGGAGGGCAUGAGUGUCACAAGUUAUGGACUAGUAGAUGCCUUGGUCCAUAAGACCAAGAAGACGGACAGAGCAGAUACGCUGGUCAGGAUACUGACCCCUGGCAGAGAUGCUUUUCUGGAGGACUCCACCUUCAGGACCAUGGAUGAGUCAAUAGAAAGGUGCCGCGGGGAAGAUUCUCAGUGGAUCUUCCAAGUGGCUGUUCCCACCCCAGGCACAGACAACCACUGCAUCCUAACUUCUCAGCUGAACGCAUCUGCUGUCCUGAUCAGUGAGGUCCUUGCUGCCUCUUCUUCUGAAGAAUUUGAGUUCAUAGAGCUUCAGGGUCCCCACUCCACCAUGCUGAGGGACAUUGUUCUGGUGCUGAUCGAUGGUUGGACCAAAGACAUUUAUUUUGCCAUGGACGUUUACGGCAAAACCUCACUGGAUGGGCUACUUCUGAUCGGUCCAGCACAAAGCAAAACCCCAGUGGAUCUGCCGUUCCCGGAGAACACCACCCGUCCUGUCCUCAGAGGUGGCCCCAAUGCCAUUGCUCUCUACAGAGGCAACAGCAGCAGUUUUGUCCCGGGGAAGGCGCUGCCGGUGACCGGCGUGUUGGAUGCCUUCGUGUACACGAGCAACGAGGAACCAAACGCUGAGCUGCUGGAGACCCUGACCCCUGGCAGACCUGCCUACGAGGAAAAGCGGCACCAGCUGGGAGUGGUGUCCAUGAGCCAGUGCAACUGCUGCUCUGUCACCCGGGACUCCUUGUCCUACGUCCUCAGCAGGCCCACCCCUGGCAAGUUCAAUGACUGCCCCAGCAAACGCUUCAGCCAGACUGUCUCCUUCUGCCUUCGUGUAGCAGACUGCCAGGAGUGGCUCCUGAAGUCAGAAGAGAUCCUGAUGACUCUGGUCCGGGCCCUCGAUGGAUCCUGCAACUGUGGAGUCUCUGCUGCCUACUUCAGAGAGCCAAAAGCAGCCUGCCAGGACCUGGGGCUUGUGUUCACCACUCUGCUAACUGCUAAGUCAGAGGACCAGCUGAGCAGCCUGCUGCUAGCCUUCAAGACCUUCCUAGAGAGGCCCAGACUUGUGAGUUUUAACAAAAGGAACAUCACAGCAGAAAUCUCUUGCUUCAAGGAUAUAAAUAUGCCAGACUUGCCUCCAGGUGUCCCAUCAGAGAUACCAGAAGGGACUCAAGAACCUUCUGUGCAAGUGGCCAAGCUACUCAUCAAUGAGGUGAACCCAGACAACCCAGGGGGAGGAGAAGAUGCAGAGUACAUUGAACUCUUCUACACUGGACGGACACGCUUCGACCUCCGGGGAUACUGGUUGGUCCUCUACAAUGGUAAAAAUAGCCAGGCCUACCGGGUGUUGGACCUGUCUGGACACCACACAGAUGAGCUGGGUUACUUCUUGGUGGGAAGCAGUGCCAUGAGCCCAGCACCCAUGAUCAGGCUGCCCCCCAACACCAUCCAGAACGGGGCAGACGCUGUGGCUCUCUACUACAGCAACACCACCCUCUACGCUGUGAACACGGCUGUGACUGCAGAGGGGCUGGUGGAUGCUGUAGUGUACACGUCCCGAAUGCCGGAGAAAGCAGACCAGCUGGUGAAAGUGCUGGUACCAGGGCAGAGCAUCCUGUAUGAAAACGAUUCUCACAGCACCGAGGAUGAAUCUCUGAGCCGCUGCCACAGCCUGAGCACAAAACUCCAGAGCAGCUUCCAGGUGACCAUGGUGACGCCACUGGGGGAGAACUUCUGCAGCAGCUCCUCGGCACUGGGUCCUCCUGCCAUUGGCAUCAGUGAGCUGUGCCUGGCCGGUGGUGCUACCCCCUACCGCUUUGUUGAGCUGGAGGGGAAGCCUGGCACCAUCCUGGGAGGGCUCAGCCUGGUCUUCUUCUCGGACAAGGAGGGCAAGGCAUGUGCCAGCAUCCCACUGAGGGGCACCAUCGGAGCCACGGGGCUGUUCGUGUUUGCACUGGAUGGAGGGCAUGGGCACGAUGGGACAAACCUGACUUUCAAGGACAUCUCUGCUGCUAGUGAAGGCUCCAGUGCUAUUGCUGUGUACAGCACCAGCGUGGUUCCUGGUGGCAUGAAGGCAACAUCAGAGAACUUGGUGGGUGCCUUGGUUUACACAUGUGAGCCCAGCACAGCUGGAGGACACUUGGACUUCCUUGGACCAUCUUACGCUGUGCCCUGCAAGGAUGGCAGGCCUGUGUCCCUGAGCCGUUGUGCCUGUGGCAAUGCCAGCGCAGAGUUGCAGUUUGCCGUCUCGGACCCUACCCCUGGUCUGCAGAACAGCUGUCCCCAGCAUGCCUUCGCGGUGGAUCUCCACCUCUGCCUCCUGACACCCAACUGUUCCACAUGGACCCUGCACCACAGGAGGAUGCUGCAAAGCUUGGGAAGGGUCUUGGUGAGCUCCCUAGAAGAGAAGUGUUCCUGUGGUGUCUCUGAGCUCUACCUGCACGAGCUGAACCUGACGUGUGUGGGCUCCCUGGUGAAGGUCUGGGGCCAGGUGUGGGCUCGGCAGCCGGAGCAGCAGCAGUCCAUCGAGACCUGGCACCAGGACUUCCUGGCCAGCCCCCACCCCUUCUCCGUGGAUGGGAGUGUGCUGAAAACCAGUCCCGAGUGCAUUGCCCCAAAAAAUCCACUGUCCGUGUCGCACAGCGGUGCUUCGUUCCAGGGCUGGGAAAUCGCCCUGUUUGUAGUGGGAUCUCUCCUGCUCGUGUUCUUCCUGGUCAGCCUGGCAUUUUACUUCAUCAAAAGACGUCCCCAAAAUUACACCAACAUUGAAAUGAAUGACCGCGGGGAGAUUGCAGCAGACUUCUAAUGCUGCCGGGCACCGCUGCAGCAGCAGGGUCUAACAGCACCAGGGCCUGGCACGUGUCUCUGAGGGGGGCAGACUGGUUGUCCAGCUCCCCUGUCCACCAGGGUUGCUGCAAGGACCUGCAAAAUGCCCAGAUGUAUACGUACGUACGUGUGUGUGUGUGUACAUACAGCUCUGUCUGUGUGUAUGUGUGUAUACAAAUACCUGAACUAUUUUUACACUUCUAAAUUUUUACCUCGGACUAAAGGAGUUCAAAGAAAGAGGCUGGGGACUUCUUCUAGGCAAUGUUUGUGCUAAGUGUGGUGACCAGAAAGCAAGCAGCCUGCUCGGCCGAUGCAGAGGAAGGACAUACUCUGUCUCCUCUCAAGAUUCGCUGCUGGGUGAGGAACCAAGGCCACCCCCCAGCAGACCUUUCCACCCAGCAGGCCAGUCCAGUCUCUAGUGCCUCUGGACGCCACCGCUGCAGUGGAAGCACGUCAGCCUCCCUCGAGCCCUUCUUGUCGGGGCAAGGUGGUUCUCAGCAUCGUGCCCCUCUCUGCUUGAGCAGCUCAGCACCACCAGCAGCCUGCACCAAGGAGAGCCCUUGCUGCUGGGGACCACAACCAGGAGGAUAUCCUGCCCAGAAAAAGGGUUUAGAGGAGAGACGAAUGCCCAGCUGAUGCCCAGGUGCAACUCUUACUGGUGUGGUCCUGCCCAUAUCCUGGCCAGAGAGUGGGCAGGAGCAGUGCCAGACUCCAGAUCUAUUGAGAAUUUGGGGUGAGGAGGGUGACCUAGGUGGAAUCUGCUCAGUAAAAGAUUGUUUCCUACACAAGUAUGAUGAUAUAUCCCUAACGGUGUGGUGUCUGAUGCCAGUCCUCCAGUAGGAUCCUUUGUGCAUGGAGUGGUGGGCUCACCUCAUGGGUUUGGGCACCUUGUGCAGCUCCACUCAUGGUGGCAGCACCCAAGACAGAUCCAGCCUGCUCGCUGGUGGCACGAGGGGUAGGUAAAACAAAGAAAGAGAUCCCACAUCAUUUCUGAACCAUGGUGUAUAUGGAUUUUUAUUGAACAAGGCUCUGCAGAGGGAGGGCACAAAGCGUUUCUGUGACUGAUCGUCACAGCACUGACCCUCGUGCGAGGAAGCCUCGCAUUUUCUUUGAGACCCACCUCCCUGCUGUGUCUCUAUGAGUUACAUCAUCUGCCUGCAGGCAGCCUGCCUGCACUGCUGAAGCCCAUGGGCCACCAGCCAGCUGCAGGGCCAGCUGGGACGGGCAGCACGGGAGAAGCAAGGCCUCAGCUUUCCACUGCCCUGUCUCUUGGGCCAGGCAGCCCCUUUCAGUCAGCAGGGCUGAAAACGUGAGGCACCGGUGACCGUCUCUGCUGGGUGCCGCACACAAUCCUUAGGCAGCUGCCACAGCCUCUGAGAGGUGGUUCUUCUUCGUGGCGUCAUCCUGCCAUCAGUGCAGUGCUGCUAGAGCAUGCUGGUGUCACGUGAGGUCAGAUGAGCUCCAUCUUGAACUGGCUGAAGUUCGGCAUGGUGGGCGAGGCCUCGGCCAUACUGCUGAAAGGGACGCAGGGCUGGUUCGCCGGCACGGUGCCGUGGCUCACGGUGGAGCUGAGCUGCUGCAGCGUCAUCAGCACCUCCUGCUGCAGCCGCUGCUGGUGCUCCUGCUGGCGCUCCAGGCGGCAUUGCCUCUCCAGCACCGCAUGCAGGGCCUGGCUCAGCUUCUGGAUCUCUGUCUGUACAGCAUCCAGCUUUUCGGCCAUGGCAUGGGAGCUGGGAGCUGGGGGAAGCACUGGUCCACCCCAAGCAAGGUUUUGAUUUCCAGGACUCAUGAGGUUCAGCAGGGCAGUCUGAGUGCUGGCAUCUUUGACCU